UUCCGAUGCCGUGGUUUGUUCUGCAGAUUGUAUAAAACCAAAUCACUCCAAAGGAACGGCAAUUAGUGAGCGGCACCAUGUUCUGCGAUUCACGAUCCAACAAAGUUCUCGACUUCUACCGCGGAUCUACGGUCCUGGUGGCCGGUGGGACAGGAUUCGUGGGGAAAGCAUUGUUGGAGAAGAUCCUUAGGAGCUUGGACGUGAAGAAAGUGUAUUUGUUGGUUCGCAAGAAGUGUGGGGUCUGUGCGGAAGAUCGUUUGAGGCAAUUGCUGGAAGAUCGCUUGUUCGAUCAAAUGCGGGAACAAGUGAAGAAAGUGGAAGCUGUCGAGGUUGAUUAUGAUUUGGAGUGCUUUGGGUUAGAUGACGACGUUGCUGAGAUGUUGCAGAAAGAGGUGGAAUCAGUGUUUUACUGCGUGGCAGAUGUCAGUUUCAAUCGUCCUUUGAAGGAGGCUUUUCAAACUAAUGUGCUGAUUGGGAAAUACAUGUUGAAGUGGUGUCUGAGUUUCCCAAACUUGAGGUCAUUCGUACAUACGUCUACGUUCUACAGUGAGUGUACCAAGAAUUUUGUGGACGAGAAGAUCGCUGAUGAUUUGCCAUUCGGGAGCUACAAGUUGUGCAUGAAGAUGUUGACUAGUUUAUCUAGUGAAGAAUGUGAAAAUAUCAGGGAUAGCAUGCUGGGUGAUUACCCGAAUACGUACACUUUUACCAAAAAGCUUGCGGAAAUUAUGAUUCAGAAGGAAUUUGCUGGAGACUUGCCGAUUGGAGUGUACCGACCGCCUGUUGUAUCUCCAACAUACCGGGAGCCCCAACCAGGUUGGACGGACAACAUGUUCGGAGUGGGCUCCUUCAUCAGCAGUAAGUUUGAUGGAGUUGGACGGGUGAUCUUGGGAGAUUUGAAUCAAAUCAGCAACAACGCUCCACUGGAUUGCUGUGUAAACGCAAUGUUGGUUUGCGGAUACGACGUCUCACUACGGCGAUCCAGCUGCUGUCAAAGUGAACCAGAGUUGACCGUUUAUAAUCACGUUAGCAAAAUGAGCAAAUGUACUAAUGGAGAUGUGCUACGAUAUAUGGCUGAAAGCAGGUCAAGUUUUUGGCAGAGAUGGGAUUGGUAA